AAAGCGAACAGUUUCAAAGAUGGCGCUCGCUAGUGUGCUGAGGAGUGAGUCUGCGGAUUUUUCCAGCCCCUGCGACCGACCCUUUGCGUUCGGUGCCGGCCUGGAUCGCACCGGACUGGGCUUCGGGGCGGCGCAGGGCGACGGGCUGAACUUCGCGGUGAAGUCUGCUCUGUACCCCGAGGAUGAAGAGGGUCCCGAGAGGAAGAUCGAGUUCCUGCACGGAACCACAACUCUGGCUUUCAAAUUCCAGCACGGCGUGAUCGUGGCGGUGGACUCGCGGGCGACGGCGGGCUCCUACAUCGCCUCGCAGACGGUGAAGAAGGUGAUCGAGAUCAACCCCUACCUGCUGGGCACCAUGGCGGGCGGCGCGGCCGACUGCAGCUUCUGGGAGCGGCUGCUGGCGCGGCAGUGCCGCAUCUACGAACUGCGCAACAAGGAGCGCAUCUCUGUGGCCGCCGCCUCCAAGCUGCUGGCCAACAUGGUGUACCAGUACAAGGGCAUGGGGCUCAGCAUGGGGACCAUGGUCUGCGGCUGGGACAAGAGAGGCCCAGGUCUGUACUACGUGGACUCUGAGGGGAACCGUGUGUGCGGGGACCUGUUUGCGGUGGGCUCGGGCUCCAUGUACGCGUACGGCGUGCUGGACAGCGGGCUGCGGCCCGACCUGACGGUGGAGGAGGCGUGUGAGCUGGGCCGGCGCGCCAUCUACCAGGCCACCUACCGCGACGCCUACAGCGGCGGCACCGUCAACCUGUACCGCGUGCACAGCGAGGGCUGGGAGAGGGUGUCCCAGGAGGACGUGCUGCGGCUGCACCAGCAAUACCGCCAGGAGUCCGCCUGAAAAUG